AUGGGGAUGAUGAAGGUAAUGUUGAUGUUUAUGAUGAUGAUGAUGGUGUUGGUUGGAACCAUGAUAGGUGAGGUCAAGGCUGCGGAGUCAUAUGAGGAUUGUGUGAAACGGUGUACGCAUAUGUGUGUUCUUGGGGAUAGGAAUUGCGUCCGUCAAUGCAUCUUUUUUAAUUGCGGUCCUCCUUCUCUUCCUACCAAUCUUUAUCAUUCUAAGAGGAUGAAGGCUCAACAAAAGCAUGGAAUCAGAGGAUAGAUUAUUCUAGAUUUUUAAUUAGAUCAAAAGCAUAGCUAAUAAUUAAAGAUAAAAAUUUAGUUUUAUUGUUCGUGAUAU